AUGGAUGGCGUAACUACUUAUGAAAGCUACCAUGAGCUCUGUUUUAGUGAUAUUGAUGUUCAAUUGUUCUAUAAAAGGGAUUAUUAUACAAUAGUGAAGUAUAUAUGCUUACUCUAUGGUCAAUCAGUACUGAAAUUUAUGGUUUUGAUAUCAGAUAUGUACAGUUGUGUGAAACUAUUGGCGUUUAACACUUGGUCAAAUAACAUUAUUCAGCCUUGUAUUCCUUUUAAAAUCACUAAAUGGCUAUUCAGUGCAUGUAUCCUGCUAUCAAUUGUAUUCAUUUCCAUUGAAAUCGUCCUUGGUAUGAGAAUAUUAAUGAACACAAGGAGAAGAGAUGUCAUCUCACAGAUGUAUUUGAAUAACUUUUCUCGAAUAACUACAUCACUGGUUGCUUAUAAGAAAUUCUGCAUAUACGAUCACAUUGAGCCUUCUAAUAUGUGGGAAAAACUUGGAGUAUGGGCCUAUUUCGAACUUAAAGGUGCUCCAAAACUUAUAGCUGCGGAUUCUUCUAGACAACUUAUUAAUGGGCUAACUUUAUGGUCCAUACUGAUCUCGAAAAGCGGCAAAAUAAAAAAUGAUUCUUUGAAUUUGGGUGGUAUAUUCCAUAGAAUAAAGUUGAUUGCAGUACAAAAUCAUGAGGAAGCUGUGUUCUUAUCUUUUAUGACCUUUUCAUUCAUUGUUUGGAGUUUGUUUAUUUUUAAAUUUUGUAUGUUAAUGGUGGCGGCAAUAGUGAUUACACAUAAACUUGGAAAUACUAGCUUCACUGAAUCUAAACAAACAUUAAGACGAUAUGCUCAUUUUGCAAUUAGGAGAAAUAUUAACGAUAUGAUUAUUAAAAAGUUAGAAAAUAGCUUAUCAGAUUGUGAAAGUGAGUGGAGUGAUGGCACCUUUCUGAUUAGUGAACGCAACGAAGCUCAAUCGAAACUAUUAUCCUCGAUAUAUACACCAUGUGAAGCAUACAUGCCCCGAUAA